AUGUUUUGGCGCCUUGCCAUCCUUGCGGUUGGCGCCGGCCUCCUCUUUGGUGUGGACUUGGCAUCCAUUGGGGCGGCAGUUGAGUCCAUGUCCGAGGAGCUCCAGCUGAACAGGGAAGAGACAGAGUGGGUCGUCUCCGGUGCGAAAGGUGGAGCCAUUUUCGGCAGCCUUUUCGGCGGAGCACUGAUCAUGUCCCGGGGCAGGCGGACGAUCAUCGGCUGGUCUGCGAUUCCGAGCAUGAUCGGACCAGCGCUUGUCUUUACGGCUCAUAGCCUGCCGCAGCUGAUCGUGGGAAGAUUCUUGAUGGGGAUCGGCAUCGGCCUCGCCUCGGUGGCCACGCCCAGCUACCUCAGCGAGGUCGUCCUUCCCGAGCAGCGAGGCCUCUUCGAGGCAAUGUACGAAUUGGGAAUUGCUUCUGGGAUGUUGCUGUCUGCUUUGGCCAAUGCGCUCCUACAGAUGCUGGAUUUCGACGCAGUAUGGCGCUACCAGGCGGGAUGCGUGCCUUUUGUCUUCGCCUGCCCCGUGCUGCUGGUCGUGUGGACUGUGCCGGAAUCACCCAGGUGGAUGCUGCAGACAGUGGGAUCCAGCCCUUCGUCUUUGCUGGCUGUGCUGGAGGAAAUCUCCAGCCUUCGGCGACCAGGUGCGCGGAAGCGCCUGGAGACAUGGCGAUCCGGAAGGGUCAACCUCGAAGAGCUUUCGAGUGAUGAGGACACGGAAGGCCAGGAUGAUCUGAUCCGUCUGUGGGAUGACAAGCAUCUUGCGGCUGGUAGUCCGCUCUACCGGUCAGACAGCAAGCUGGAGGAGAAGGACGAGGCUGUCCGCCUCCGCACGCUGCCCAUCCUUCAGCGCACGCUGAAAGAUGUUUGCGCCAUCAUCGUCGGCUCUCAGCAGGUGCCUGCUGGGGCUCGUCGCGGCCUGGGGCUGGCACUUGCGGCUGCAGUGCUCAAUCAGGCAUGUGCCUCAACAUCCAUCCUCAUCUACGCGGAGAAGAUGCUCGCCAGUGUGGGCUUCGGCCAGGAGUCCCAAGACCUGCUGACGCUGAUGGUCAUCGGCGCCAAGAUGUUGGGGGUGAUUCUGGGCCUCGUGAUUGUUGAACGUGUGUCCAGGCGGACACUGCUCGGGGCAGGCGGUGGCCUCUCCGCUGUGGCCUUGCUGGUCAUCGCGCUGGGUGCUGCCUGGAGCAGUCCCGUGCUGCUGGUGAGUGGCAUGAGCUGCUUUAUUGCCAUCUUCUGCAGCACCUGGGGCAUCGGCUACUGGGUAGUGGUUGUCGAGGUCACUGCUGCGGGAGGGCCUCGUUACUCUUCGGAGCCUUGGCAUCCAAUAAACGAUUCCAGUCGGGGGGGCUUCCAUGGCUUCGAGAUAUCGUCUGUAAAGAUCCUGCACCCGUGCAUCUGCCUAAUUAUCGACAUGCAGAUAUGCAGGCAAGUGGAUGGACAGCAGUCGAUCAUGGUACAUGCACCAUGA